GGCGAGGAUGAGGCGGGCGCUGCGCCGCCGCGACCCACUGGACUGAUGCACACAGCACGCACCUAUCUCCACUCCCCCGACUCGGGCCUCAAACCCUUCUUUGGCCUCUUCUCCCAUUUUGCUGGGCGAGCUAUCCUCCUCAUCGCCGCUUCGCGCUAUCGCUAUACGGGCUACAUACACUAGCUGAAGUUUAUGUGCGGCCGCAGGACGUCCCGUGCAAGUUAGCCACCGCCCCCACGCCGCCUGACGAUGUUACCGCCCGCGCUCCUCAUUGUUGUCUCGACUUUGCUCUCUCAGAUUGUUGCUCUACCAACGGAGCAUGGCCCGGACCAAUUUGUGAUUGAGGGGCCACGGAUACAGAGGGAAUACGAGAAUGGGGAACUACCACCAGUAGAGAAUACUCUGGGGUGGGUGGACCCGAGGCUACAUGGCGGCAGGUUGCUCGACUUCACGACGAAACGUCUGGGGGAACCGCUGAAUGUCAUCAUCUCCGCGCUCUCUGAUCCCUUCAUCCUCACCGAAUCCGGCCUGCACACCUACGCCAAGUCCAUCGGCUUCUCGAAGGAGUGCCUCGGGCUACACUAUGGACAUGUCCACGACGCCGACCUGGGCGAUGGGCUCGGUCGCAAGCCGGAGCAGCUUCUCUAUCGCCAGGACUACUUCCCCGUAAUCGGGACCUGCUGGGAGAGCGUGAGGGGCGGUCACCAUUUCCGGGCGUGGAAGCAGAAUGGGACCAUCGCAGAUAGCGGGGCGUGGUUUCUUGGUGCAUCGCUUGAGAAGGACUCGUCCAAGAACCAUCUCAUUGAGGAUGACGGUUACAACCUCGGACGAAACUAUAUUGUCGAGCAAGCAAUCGCGGGUAGCCACUGGAGCGGUAUGUGGUGGAAGGGGGAUGUGGAGUGGCGGCGCGGUCUCCUUGAGAAAGGCAGCCGAGGCGUCAACCACGACAUCGAGCAAGAUGGCCUCGUUGCGAUUCUCACAGUCGUGCGGCUCUGACCGCCACCGCCACCCACCUGCGUAGCAGUUAGAACAUGAUACUAACGACUCAUCACGACUUCACUGCGAGAAGCUCUGCAACCUAACUGUGGACAUCCAUGCGCAUGUAUUUAUACGUGUAUUAUUCUUGUAUAUGGGACUAUGUACCGCCCGUUUCGUACACUUGGCGACGAUGUAACUUAGUUGGAUUAUUCAAGUAGCAUACUAGCAGUGCUGUCUAUUUCUCAAUGGUUGGCUCACUAAUACUGGCCCUGGUGAGUGAUUUCAUGUCCCGAGGAUGCUGGGGUGGAUUCGAGAAAGCAUUUCUCGUGGUUCUCAGUGAGC